AUGGUUCCUUAUAAUCAAGUGUUAGGAGUAGCUUCAUCCAAUGUUCCAGCUUAUUCGAAUGGUGAUGAUAACUUUUUUUCUGCUGAACGUCAUUAUUUUUAUGGAAUAUUUACCGGUUUUAAAUGGCAAUGUGUUGAAUUUGCUCGGCGAUGGUUAUUAAUACGAAAAACUUGUAUAUUUCGAAAUAUUGGAUCGGCAUCCGAUGCUUGGCACGAACUAUCUACGAUUGAGCGUGUGACUGAUGGAAAGAAGUUUCCGUUGAAAGCUCAUUCGAACGGCGCUUCAACAUUGCCGAAAAAAGAUUCUUUUCUUGUUUAUCCUCGCUCUCGUGAUUUACCUUUCGGACAUAUUGCCAUAAUAACCGACGUUGGACACAAUUACAUUCGUAUUGCUGAACAAAAUUAUCGAUUUCAUCAUUGGUCGGGAAAUUAUGCACGUCAAAUUCCAAUGGUCUUGAAAGAUGGAGGAUAUUAUUUGAAAGAUCAUUAUAAAAUUAGUGGAUGGAUGGAAAUCCUUGACAACGAGCACUUACAACCAUUGGAUGAAUUAGCAUUAGAAGCACUGCGUAAUGCACAACAGCAAUAG